ACCGAGCAAUUAGCAAGUCAAAAACAGGGCCUUUUGGAAAACCAAUAACCAAAAGCUCCGGGAGAGAGAGAGAUGUGGGAAUCAAUCUGCCUGACCGUCGCCGCCACCGCCGGCAACAACAUCGGCAAAGUCCUCCAGAAGAAGGGCACUAUCAUUCUUCCCCCUCUCUCUUUCAAGCUCAAGGUGAUAAAAGCAUAUGCUUUUAACAAAGCUUGGGUCAUAGGUUUCCUAAUGGACUUGUUUGGAGCUGCUUUAAUGUUGCGAGCAUUAUCCCUUGCCCCUGUUUCUGUUGUUCAGCCUGUUUCAGGCUGUGGACUUGCCAUCCUUUCAGUCUUCUCCCAUUUUUAUCUCAAGGAGAUUAUGAAUGCUAUUGACUGGUUGGGAAUUGCUUUGGCUGGCAUUGGCACCAUAGGUGUUGGUGCUGGAGGGGAGGAGCAAAAAGCUUCAUCAGUUUCAAUUUUUCAUUUACCGUGGCUGGCAUUUGCAGUUGCAAUCUUGUUUGUACUCCUUAAUGGUUGCCUUCGCAUAUAUAAGCGCCAGAGAAGAGAACAAGAAUUGAUGCAAUAUGAAGUACUUGAAGAAAUAAUUUGCGGUUUGGGAUCUGGCGUACUGUUCGGGAUGGCAUCUGUUAUAUCAAAGCUAGGCUUUAUAUUCUUGGAGCAAGGCUUCUCAAAGCUGCUGGUGCCCGUUUGCAUCUCCAUCAGCGUAUGCUGCAGUGCUUCUGGAUUCAUUUAUCAGACACGCGGAUUGAAGCAUGGGAGAGCAAUUGUAGUUUCCACAUGUGCUGCUGUUGCAUCAAUUGUUACUGGAGUACUCGCCGGUAUGCUUGCUUUGGGUGAACGGCUGCCUUCCGCACCAACAGCCCGUCUCGUCCUUUUGCUUGGAUGGCUCUGUAUUAUAAUUGGCGUAAUGCUGCUGGUAACUUCAACGCGGCUACUACGUUGCCUGCCACGACCUUUGAGACGCGUUCUCCAAACUGGCGCAGACAGAAACCCGGGGCAGAGACAAUCAAGUAUAGCUCGCAACAGAGAUUCAAGCACUACUGUAAUCCAAGCGGCUACGUUGCAUCACUUGAUAUCGUCUCUACCCAAAGAAAAGGCUUGACCUCUACUACUAACCCUCAACUUUUUGCCGAGGUUGUUCAAGCAAAUUGAAACUGUUGCUGAAUUGCAUUUGGUCCAAUACAUCAGCCAUACAACAGAUAGACUCCUAAGUAAAAGUUUAGUUUUACUUUGACCAGAGGGUUUCAACUGUAUUUUUAUUGGAAUCCAUUUUUUCAGGUGUAAGUAAACCUUGCCUUUGACCUUAGUACUGGUUGCCAAUAGUUGAUCGACUCAAACCAAGGGGGCAAGGAUUCAAACUCGUGACCUUGUGGUUACAAAUGUGGAUCUCUUACCAUCUUGGUUGGGGUUAUCUCUGACGCAGAUUAAUUUGCUUUUGGGUGUAAAAGACUUGAGAGAUGGUUGAUAUGAAUGGAUUGUAUUGUAUUGUA